GAGGUUUGCGCUGCGCUCACCGUUCGGAGCUCUCAGCUUAGACGUUAAACUUCACUCUUGGAGAAAGUUCAAGUCUUCAGUGAGAAGAGUGGCAACAGACAAUGCAUCUAGAGAGCAAAGAUGGCAGUCUGACCUCCGGCACACUGGAGAUGGAGCUACAUCAGACGUCUGCUCCCACCUGUGCUGGCCUGGGAGGGCCAGGGCUGGCAGGACACACCAUGAGCAACCGCAGGCCACAGCAGGGAGUCAGCAGGGCAGACCCCCUGAGCCCCUACACCAGCAGUGCAGCCACGUGGAGCCACUGGGCUCCUCUGGAUCCGGAAUUUGGCUCAUUCCUCACAGAGGGGAGGUCUCACUCUCCUUUCCCCCAGUUCUUCAGCUCCAGGUCUAAAGACCCCUGCUUUACAGAAAACACUCCUUUGCUGAGGAAUUCCUCACAAGAGAAAGGGUCACGGUGCAUGCCCGUUUACCACCCAGAGUUCAUCACUGCUGAAGACUGCUGGGAAAACAGCUCAGCUGAGUGGGAGCCAAGGUCCCUGCUGAGCAGAGAGUCAGCUGGUUCAUCUGGAUCUGCCUCCCUAGAGAAGGGGGAGCUUCUGGACAGCGCUCUCAUCAGGUUCCGUCUUUCGAAGCUGAGGCGCUGUGUGCAGUGGCUGAAAGUUGCGGGCCUGUUUGUCUUUGUGGUGGUGUGCUCCAUUUUAUUUAGCCUGUAUCCAGAUCAAGGAAAGUUCUGGCAGUUGUUGGCUGUGUCACCGCUGGAAAGCUACUCUGCGAACCUCAGCAGCCGUGGGGACUCCACGCUGCUCCAGGUGGACCUGGCAGGGGCCCUUGUGGCCAGCGGCCCGAGUCGUCCUGGAAGAGAAGAGCACAUUGUGGUGGAGGUGACCCAGGUCGACGCUCCAGGCUCCAGGUGGCGGCGGCCACAGCAGGUCGCUCAUAAUUGGACAGUAUUUUUAAAUCCGAGAAGAAGUGAGCGCUCUGUGGUGAGCAGGACCUUUGAGGUACUAAGCAGAGAGACCAUUUUCAUCAGCAUUCGAGCCUCCCUGCAGCAGACCCCGGCUGUUCCUCUUUUGAUGGCUCAUCAGUACCUCCGUGCAAGCGUGGAAACACAAGUGACCAUUGCUGCGGUCAUCCUCGCUGGGGUCUAUGUGCUGAUUAUAUUCGAGAUUGUUCACAGAACACUGGCAGCCAUGUUGGGUUCCCUCGUGGCAUUAGCAGUGCUGGCUGUGAUUGGCGACAGACCCAGCCUGACCCAUGUGGUGGAGUGGAUUGAUUUUGAGACCCUGGCCUUGCUGUUUGGCAUGAUGAUCUUAGUAGCCAUAUUUUCAGAAACUGGAUUUUUUGAUUAUUGUGCUGUAAAGGCGUACCGACUGUCCCGGGGGAAAGUGUGGGCCAUGAUCAUCAUGCUGUGUCUCAUUGCUGCCAUCCUUUCUGCUUUCCUGGACAAUGUCACCACAUCACUCCUCUUCACUCCCGUGACCAUAAGAUUAUGUGAGGUGCUCAACCUUGAUCCAAGACAAGUCCUGAUUGCAGAAGUGAUCUUCACAAACAUUGGAGGAGCUGCCACUGCCAUUGGGGACCCACCAAAUGUCAUCAUUGUUUCCAACCAGGAGUUGAGGAAGAUGGGCUUGGACUUCGCAGGAUUCACAGCACACAUGUUCGUUGGUAUUUGCUUCGUUCUCCUGUUCUCCUUUCCGCUCCUGAGACUCCUUUACUGGAACAAAAAGCUUUAUAACAAGGAACCCAGUGAGAUUGUUGAACUGAAGCACGAGAUCCAUGUCUGGCGCCUGACUGCGCAGCGCAUCAGCCCAGCCAGCCGCGAGGAGACGGCGGUGCGGGGCCUGCUCCUGGGGAAGGUGCUGGCGUUGGAGCGCCUGCUGGCCCGCAGGCUGCACACCUUCCGCAGACAAAUCUCACAGGAAGAUAAAAAUUGGGAGACCAAUAUCCAGGAGCUACAAAAAAAGCACAGAAUAUCAGACAGGAUUCUGCUCGCCAAAUGCCUGACGGUGUUGGGAUUUGUCAUCUUCAUGUUCUUUCUCAAUUCAUUUGUCCCUGGUGUUCAUCUUGAUCUCGGGUGGAUUGCUAUUCUGGGUGCCAUCUGGUUGCUAAUUUUAGCUGAUAUCCAUGAUUUUGAGAUAAUUCUACACCGAGUGGAAUGGGCAACGCUCCUAUUCUUUGCCGCACUCUUUGUUCUGAUGGAGGCUUUGGCACAUCUCCACUUAAUAGAAUAUGUCGGAGAACAGACUGCUUUGCUAAUAAAGAUGGUCCCAGAGGAUCGGCGCCUCGCAGCUGCCAUCAUCCUGGUGAUCUGGGUCUCCGCCAUUGCUUCUUCCUUGAUUGACAACAUCCCAUUCACUGCUACUAUGAUUCCCGUGCUCCUGAACCUCAGCCAAGACCCCGAGGUCAGCCUUCCUGCGCCACCGCUCAUGUAUGCCCUGGCCCUCGGCGCCUGCCUGGGAGGUAAUGGAACACUGAUUGGAGCCUCAGCGAAUGUAGUUUGUGCAGGAAUUGCAGAGCAGCAUGGAUAUGGAUUCUCUUUCAUGGAAUUUUUCAGGUUGGGAUUCCCCAUGAUGGUCGUCUCCUGCACGGUUGGGAUGUGUUACCUCCUUGUUGCUCAUGUCGUGAUAGGAUGGAAUUAAUACAUAUACAUCAUGUGAAGACUAAGGGAAACUUGACCCAUCACCAACAUCAGUAGAAAACUCCCCCAAGACCACUCUUGGAGAAGAAAAGGUGCUUACCAUGGGGCGCUCUGGAAGGAGACCUUUGGCACCCCAUUCUUAUUCAGGUGAAUGCUGGGCAAUCGUGGCAAAUACAAGAUAACUUACCCAAGACUCUUCUACAGGAAAAUAUGUGUAUUUCAAAACAUGUCUUACUAUGCUCUGUAAGAAAAGACACAAAUGCAGUAUUCUACCCCAAUUGGCUUGUGCUGAUUAACUGUCACUUUCCUGAGGCUAUCCACACUUUUUCUUCAUGUUAUCACUUUUCAUGUUAAAAUAAUCAGCAUUUAAAUUGUAUACUCUCUGAAUAUAUUCUUUUCCUGGGAAAAGGCAGACAGUUUGUAAGGAAACAUUUUAUGUAUUAAAAAAAAAAAAAAACUAUC